UAAAGUUAUAAUACCUAUAGAAAUGGGAGCUGUUACAGAUGAUGAAGUUAUUCGAAAACGUCUUCUUAUUGACGGAGACGGGGCUGGUGAUGACCGCAAAAUCAACUUGCUGCUCAAGAGUUUCACUAAAUGGUGCAACUCGCCUGGGACCCCUGAGGAAGGGUUCACGCAGUACCAGAGGAUGUUGGGCACACUGGCCCAGUGUGAAUUCUCCAUGGGGAAGACUUUAAUGGUAUACGACAUGAACCUUCGGGAAAUGGAGAAUUAUGAGAAGAUCUACUCUGACAUAGAACAAAACAUCACGUCCGCUCAUGAGAAGAUAACCGAAUGCAAAAAAGAAAUUCAGAGGGCAAAGAGAAUAAGAAAGAAUCGCCAAGAGUAUGAUGCUUUAGCUAAGGUUAUCCAGCAACACCCGGACCGACAUGAAACACUGAAACAAUUGGAGGCGCUUGACAAAGAGCUCCAGAAACUGUCUCGAAUCAAGGAAAAUGUAGAUGCAAAGAUGGAGUUAAGAAAGAAGCAGUUCCAUGUGCUACUCAGUACUAUUCAGGAACUACAGCAGACUCUUGAUAGUGAGUGUCCCUGUGUUGUGCUCGUUGGUCUGAAAGGCUAUUUUUGUGUUGUGCUCAUUCUUCCAGAAAUUCCAAAUAUUAAGUGGUUAAUCUGUAAAGUCAAGCAAAUCUGCAAGUACCUCUCUAACCUUCUUUGUCUGUCACAGAUGAUGAGAAAUCAGACAAUGACGACAACAAUCAGGGGAGCCCUGCUGGGAAUGAUGAAUGAAGUCGUGGAGAUACUGACUGAAGAACAAUGAAUCAAACCUUUAAAAAAAAAAAAUGUGCAUGUGUGUAGGACUACUUUUUGUAUGAGUUUUUGAAUAAAAUUGACUUGCUCAAA